AUGGAAACGAGAAAUCAGCAAUCAGAUCCGGACAUUUUAGUUCCUGGUAUGAAAGAUGGGUUUAAUUUUAAAGACGACAAUAGUACAGAUAAUAAAGUGUCACAAACGAAGAGUAAAGAGACUGGGGACAAAGGAGUAAGAGGUGAGAAAGGUGAAAAUGAAACACAAGGAGCCAGAAGGAGGAAGCACAAAAACUCGAAAAAUGGAUGUUCCAACUGUAAGAAAAGACGGGUGAAAUGUUCAGAAACUUUGCCAGCGUGCACUAAUUGUGUUAGACGGAAAGUGAGGUGUGGAUAUUUGGAUUAUACAGAAGAGCAGCUCCAAGACCUCAGACAGUCAAAAUUUGUAAUGGAAAAGGUUGAUAAUUAUAGCGGUGAACAAGGUAAAAGAGAAGGAGACUCGAGAAAUUCAUCUCUCAAGUCGAGUGAGGUACAACAGCCAUCACCAUCGUCACUUUCCAUGGUUCCAAGCGGGAACGAUGAUCAGAUCCACGAUAGUAAUUAUAACCACAGCAUUAAAUGGGAAGAGAAUUAUGCAGGCAGCUAUGAUAUGGGAGUGAAUAAUGUAUUGAACUUUCAAGGUAACUUGACGUCUACUGAAGGAGAUAACCUUGUGAGUUCGACUGACUAUCCUGUCAUAUAUCCGGUGUACACAAUGAAAACCCCAAAUAUUCAUGAGUCUGGAAUGAAUCCAAAUUUGAAUCACACCAACCCUUCAUUCAUACCUUCAAGGGAUGUAUUUAAUAGCGGAGCAUUCAGUUCUAUGAAACUGCCUAUUCUGUGGAAUGACUCCAUUAUUUCACCGGUGAAUUCAGACUAUAUGGAUAACUCCAGCAGUCUGAUAUACAGUAAUGACAAAGCAUUACCAGGAGCCAUUCAAAAUCCCACUUCUUUCAAGAGGAUAUACAUGCCUAAUAUUGAUUACAAUCAAUUAAUAUAUGAUUUAAUGGUGAAAUUUGGCCCACAACUAGCAUCAGGAACUUGCUCCUUAGAAGAUAACAUAUAUUUAUACUCCGUUUGGUUGCAUUCAUUCAUUUAUUAUUCAUUUACACAAAAAUUGAUGUUUGGUUGCAUGGUGAAUUUUACUACUAACUAUUUAAUUUCUAAUUGUUGGAUGCCACAAUACAUCUCGGGUGGUUUCACAGCUUUAAUUGAUAGGACAAAGGUGAGAAAUCUUUUAAUUUCAAGCUCUAUAAGGCAUUAUGCAAUGGCAAUUAAAGAAUUACGAGUCUUCUUGAACAAAGAUAUUGAUCCCUUGAUAUGUUCAUCGGCCUCUUUUGUUUUAAGUUUAACAUCAAUUUAUGAUCCUUCUGCAACUUUAAGGUCUACAAACUGCUUUAGAGAUGGACUUUUCAGCAUCUUACAACACAAUGUGGCAUAUGUGACCAAAAAUGGCGAGCCUCUUCCUUUUAUGAUUAUGAUGCAUUUGGAAAUACUGAAAAACAUUGUGAGAUCGGUUUAUUUGCCAGCAUAUGACCCAUCUUUCUUACACGAAUACCGCUCGAUGUUGAAUUCAUUGGGAAACAUCUUAAAUGUUUUAAGUACCUCGUCCACGACCGCUGCCUUAGAUAGUAAGGAAAUUGAUACUCAAAAGUUCAUAGAAGCAAAAUUCGCUGAUUUGAUUGCCUUCACAAACGAGACAAUUGAUGUUUUCCUCCCUAAAAUUAAUAAUAAUUUGGGAAAUCUAGACAUCCAACAGCAGGCCCUCUUUGAUGUGUUACAUAAAUGGGUUCGGAUAUUUCCAGCGAGAUCUAUGUUUAUUUCAACUGAAAAUGAUCCAGUCGAGAAUAUUUUGUUCUUUUUUUACAAGUGCCUCAAGAAAGCACUAUAUGCGGUUUUUCCUCAAGUGAAGUAUUUCUUAGUCAGAGAAUUUGAUAGCCCAGUAACAGUAGAUAUCAGUGUUCCUGAGGAAGAUUUCGAAAUAUACCUGAAAGGACUCGAAAAUCCGAUGGAUUGCUGUUAUUCUCGUCAAUCAUACGAACAAGUCAAAAAUCAAUUGAAAACUUUGGGUAGUUACGCAAUUAGGGUUAUCAUAUUUUUACAGAAAAGAUUGGAAAUUCUCAAUAGGACCGUGAUUUAUGACUGGUCAGUUAAAGAAUCGUUCCCUAUUGAUGAUAUAAAAUCCUUUAGAGAUAGUGUAACAGAUAUUGCGAAGUUACGUAAUGAUUUCAAAAUGGAAGUUCAACUUCAUGAAUUACCAAUAUCUUCAUUUGCAACCACAUUCAUUAGACCUGAACAUUAUCCAAGGCGCUUCCAAUAUGGAAAUAAAGAAAUAAACGAUAACCAAUUUAGAGAGGAAGUUGAUUUACUUACUCUAACAAAUAAUGGUUUGUUGGCUAAUGACUAUAAAGCACAAUAG